AUGUCUAUAAUAGCCGUUGACAAUGUUCCCAUCAAGGUCAGCCUAAAGGGUAUUGUAAAAGUGCUUCAGAAGCCUAUACGUGGUCAGUUCGAAGCACUCAAUUUUGGAAAAUCAAAUAAUUCUAAUUUAAUGAAAAUCUGCUACCUUCGUCUUUCUGAAAGAUUGGACCCCGUGCAUGUAGUAGAAAGUAUUAACAAUUUAAAAUUUAAGGGGAAAGGAAAUUUAUUUGCACUCAUCCCCAAGAAAGUGCCUGAUAUACCCUUAGGUAUAUCAUCAAAGUCUAAACGUAAACGUGUUCCUUCUCCAAUGCGCAAAAAGGCUCGUAUUGCUGAGGAAAAUGCUGGUGGAAAGAUUGUUGAUUUUACAACAAAUGAGAUUAUGUCGGAGUUACAAGCUAAAUACCCUGGCCUUGUUGGUUUGAGCGCAAAAUACAACCAUAAAUUGUUGCAGGACAUUGCUAAGGUAAUCCACGGUCGCGUUGAAGUGUUAGUAUCCCGAUCACCUGAGCUCGAGGAGUCCUGCUUCAAGUCGACCGGCGCCUACCGUCGGGCGCACCCUCACUUCGGAGACUUCCAGCUGGUGCUGUCCACUCUCCACGCCAUACAGGACGCGGCUGGCACUCCCAGGCAGCAGUUGCAGGAGAGCGAUAUAACGACGGCUAACUCUACACAACGGGGACAAGAAAUGCCGAUGGAACAUGUGAAGUCUUUGUGUCAGAGAUACAGUGCGAAGAUUUAUACCAAGAUGACUGAACAUGUGAGUGGUUUGGACGCGACAUUACAUCAAAUGGACACUGAGGAGGAGACAGCGAGGAAACAAAUUCGCAUGGAGUUGAAAAAAUUACAACCCUUCUUAAGUCAGAUCGUCAAUGAGGUCGUGAACACACAGUGCUUGCCACAGGAACGAAAAUUGAAUCAAAUAAGGAUAUACGGCGAGCCCUUCCUGCCCAACAAAGAGACGAUGAUGCCGUUCCUGAGCCGCUUCAGGCCCAAACGACCGAUGAGGUCCACGCGCAUGUUCAACAUGCUCAUGCUGAGCGUGCCGUUCGCCGUCUACCCACAGCUCCUGGCUAUGAAUGGCACUGUAUUGAAUGGCGCGAAGCUUUCAAUCGUAUCUUCAGACGCGGUCAGAUCAUCUUCUUGGCAGUUAAAGGCGGAUGGAGAGGAAGAAAGUGACGACGAGAACAUGGACGAGGAACAAGAGAACUGGGAUUAG